CGACCAUCACAAUAAUUUACAAUUUGGCUGGGCAUAACUGGGCAAUGGGCAUAUAUUCACCGUACAUGGCGCGGAGUUUCUCUCCUUGUCUCCUUCAAAGCUGCUAAGAGCUUUUAGUUGGACUAAAAGACAGUCGGAGACGACUUCCGGUCCAUCGCUCUGCCACCUCCGCCGCCACUGCCACAAUUAAGUUGAUUUGAAUUAUCCGAACUGUGUUUUUCUAACUACCAUUGACCACACGGUCCGGACUUCUCUCUCAUCGAGAUCACUCUCCUUCAAAUCAGCCUCUUGGCAGCAACCUCAGGUUCGUUCAUGCUCCCAAUCCUGCUUGCCCUCAAUACUAGCCAAACUUCUACCCAUUUUGGUACUUCCACAGCUCUCUCAUUGUUGCUUUCCCGGCUAAAAGCUGUUUUGAGGUGCUUUCAAUUGGUAGAAGUUACCAUGGUGGGAGUAAUACAAAAAUUUGUUAUUGCGUCUAUGUUUAUGUGGGCUGCUCCUGUUGCUAUUUUAUAUGGUUUCAACCAUAAUUUGUUUCCUGGUUCUACUCAAUUGUCUCCUUAUUCUCUUACAUUGUUGAGCGGUUUCCUGGCUGUCGUAUCUGUCAAUGUGAUUAUUGCAUUCUACAUUUAUAUGGCAAUGAAGGAACCAUCACAUAAGCAUGAGCCAGAUCCUAAAUUCCUUGCAGAGGCUAAGGCUAGUAUUCGGCACUCUGAAUCUACUGAACCUGAGGAUUCAUCGAAUACACGGACGAAACAAGAGUAGCUCUAUCUGGUUGCAGCCUCUCAGCUGCUGGAUUGCAUUAAAAAGAAAAUGUGCCAGUACAUUGACUUCCUAAUUGCGUGCUCAUGCGACAUUUUAUUGUUCCCUAGUCAAUGUUUUGCUAUAGUGCUGGAGACUGUGUUGGCAAAUAUUCGCAAGGUGACAACAGUAGAACUGUAGAACUGAACUACACUGUAAUUUUUUAGAGGGCUGAUAGUCCAUUGAUUCCAUCAGCUUUUUUUAUUCACUGUUUUUUACUUUUUGUCACUUCCGUUCUUCAAUGUCCAGGGGAUCAUAGCUUUUGAAUCUUCAGAGACAGGAGUAUUUGAGUUGUGGGUUGGAUUUUGGAGCCUCUUUGUGUUGAUAUGAAGCUUUCCAAAUUCACUGUA